AUGUCCUCUAUCAAUGACACUGCUUCUCACCCCUCUGCCUUCCUUUUGCUGGGCAUUCCUGGUCUGGAAACUUUCCACAUCUGGAUAGCCUUCCCUUUCUUCCUUGUUUAUCUGAUAGCACUUGUGGGGAAUUUCACAAUCCUCUCUGUGAUCAAGAAUGAGCAGAGUCUUCACCAGCCCAUGUUCUACUUCCUCGCCCUCCUCUCUUUCAUCGAUCUUGGCCUCUCCACUUCUACCAUCCCCAAGAUGCUGGGUAUCUUCUGGUUCAACCUUAGAGAGAUAAGCUUUGAAGGCUGCCUCAUCCAGAUGUUCUUCAUCCACACCUACACAGGCAUGGAAUCUGUUGUGCUCCUGGCCAUGGCAAUUGACCGUUUCGUUGCCAUCUGUUAUCCACUUAGAUAUACCUCUAUCCUCACCAACAAGGUGGUGGCUAUCAUGGCAUCUGUUGUAGUAGGGAGGCCUGUCCUUCUUGUCAUUCCUUUCUGUCCACUCCUUAAACGACUGCCCUUUUGUGGACACUACAUUAUUCCUCAUACCUACUGUGAACACAUGGGGAUAGCUCGUCUAGCCUGUGCCAGCAUAAAGAUAAACAUCAUCUAUGGCUUAUUUACCAUUGCUGCUCUGAUCUUUGAUUUAAUUCUCAUUGCUCUCUCCUAUGUUUGGAUCCUACAGGCUGUGUUUCGCCUUCCUUCUAGGGAUGCCAGACACAAAGCCCUUAGUACAUGUGGUUCCCAUGUCUGUGUCAUCUUAGCCUUUUAUACACCAGCAUUUUUCUCUUUUAUGACCCAUAGGUUUGGUAGAAAUGUUCCUCGCUACAUUCACAUCCUCUUGGCCAAUCUCUAUGUGGUUGUGCCUCCUUGUUUAAAUCCAGUUAUUUAUGGAGUGAGGACGAAACAAAUUAGGGAGGGAGUCAUGAAAAUAUUUGUAAACAAAGAGUAA